CAUGACAUACGGCAGCAAACAUCGAAACACGCUUGUAAUGCGAAGUGAUUAAUGCGUAUCUGCACAAUGAGCGCAUAUUAAGUCAAAUAAUUCAACUCACAAAUUGCGUUUGAAUUCACAAAUCGACAAUUUUAGUUUUUAAUACUGAGAAUAUAGACACAGAAGUUAUUAGAUAGAUAGAUAGUACUUUAUUUAUUCCUUCUGGAGAGUUCCUUCAGUAAAAUUAACAUUUUCAGCACAAUCCCAUUCAAGAUCAGACAAACAUUACAGGGAGACAGAACAGGAUCGCUGACGGGUCUGCCGGCUUCCAGCGCCCCUUACAAAAAAGAUUGCCAUCAUUUUUGGAGCAAAGUCCAGCAACGCGAUAAAAGCCAAGCGUCGCUGACAUUACUGGCACACCGAAACAACCAAGAGAUUGACCAGAAUGGACACAACGUCGUCGUUUAUAAAGUCAGUAACCAAGCGAGUGUGGUCUCCACCGCAGCGACCGUUCAGGGUUUGCAGUCACAACAGGGAGAUCAAGAAGGGCAUCACGGCCGGGACUCUGGAAGAGCUAAAAGAAAGAGUAUGCCAGGCGUUGCUCCUCUCGCUUGUGUCUCUAGUUUGUGAGGACGAUGGAACGGAGGUAGACUCCGAUGAGUUCCUCGAGACUCUGCCAGACAACUACAUGAUCAUGGCCCUGGAGCCUGGACAUACAUGGCGACCCCAAAUGGGUGCAAUUGUUGCCAGAUCUCAAGACAAGAUCAAGCCCAAGUCAGGAAAAGACAUUGCGAGUGUCACGUUUGACCUUUACAAGUUGAACCCGAGGGAUUUGUUUGGCUCCCUAAGCGUGAAGGCCACCUUUCAAGGUCUGUACUCAGUGAGCGCCGACUUCCAGUGUCUGGGGCCCAAGAAAGUCAUUAGAGAAGCCCUCCGUGUGGCCUCCAGCCUCCUCAAUGCCGCAGGACACCUGCUUAUCGCCUCAGCCUCCAUGAUCCGCCGCAUCAUCGAGGGCGUGGAGCUUUGGCAGCAGCCGCACAAGGCAGAGUACACAACAUCCUGGAAGUGACAAACUAUGCUUUACUUUAAUUAUGCAAGCAAAAGAUAAAUUUUUCAGGGCAUUUUGUAUUUUUUUGUGUGUAAUGUUAAAACAAUGAAAUGAGUUUGACAGUGAUCAAUGAUAAUGUUAUCUUUAUAGCACUGCCCUUUCUGUGUGGGCGAGAAAAAGCUAACAUUUACCCCGUACGUUAUCCAACAUUGUUUUUCAUGUGGGGAAGAAAAAGUCUGAACACUCAUGAAGGUGGGUGUUGCCUUCUGGCAAGAGUGGGUCUUUGGUACAGUGCCUGAUACAUAUAUUUUAAUAUACUAUGUGUCUAUGGUGAUUCUCAUUCAUCCAGCUCAUUGAAUCUCAGGGCAUUCAAUCGGUCGCAACCGGACUGUUGGGUUUGUCUUAGAAGACGUUUCGCCUCUCAUCCAAGUUGGGUUCAUCCGUGUACUAUGGUUUAUUUGUUUCACACAUGCUUAACAAGUUACAAUAAGGAACAUCACGUACAUUUGUAAGAUUCAAAGUCUGAAAAGGAGUAUAAAGAAGCAGAGUUCAUUUCAUCCUACAACAUAUCUAUUACUGAUAACUGAUUUAAAACCUUGUUUAAAAAUUGUUUGUCCAUUCCUGUGUGAAAAGGAAGGACAGUUGAAGCGAUAAAACAUCAAUAAGCUAUUAAGCGUUUAACAAAUGCGUUAGGGUAGAACAAAAAAAGAUGUGUAUAUACUGAACAAAAAUAUAAACGUAACUUUUAUUUUUGCUCCCGUUUUUCAUGAGUUAAACUCAAAGAUCUCAAACUUUUACUGUGUACACAAAAUACUUAUUUUUCUCAAAUAUCGUUCACAAUUCUGUGUUAGUGAGCAUUUCUUCUUUGCUAAGAAAAUCCAUCCCACCUCACAGCUGUAGCAUAUCAAGAUGCUGAUUAAACAGCAUGAUUAUUGCACAGGUGUACCUUAGGCUGCCCACAAUAAAAGGCACAUUUUAAAAAGGUGAAGUUUUGCUUUACUGGGGAUCUGGGAGGGCUACCAUUUGCCUCACACAGUGCAACGCAUCUUCUUCGUAUAGAGUUGAUCAGGUUAUUGAAUGUGGAAUGUUGGUCCACUUUUCUUUAAUGGCUGUGUGAAGUUGCUGGCUAUUGGCAGGAUCUGGAUCAUGCUGUCGUAUACGCCAAUCUACAGCAUCCCAAACAUAUGCAAUGGGUGACAUAUUCGGGGAGAAUGCUGGCCAUGCUAGACCCCGAUAAGGACGACGAGCAUGCAAAUAAGCGUCACUGAGACGGUUUCUCAGAUAUUGUGCAGAAAGUAUUUUGUUAUGCAAACCAAUUGUUGCAGCAGCUGGUGUCAGACGAUCAUGAAGGUGUACCUGCUGGAUUUGGAGGUCCUAGGCUGGUGUGGUAUCACAUGGUCUGCGGUUGUGAGGUUGGUUGGAUGUACUGCCAAGUUCUCUGAAAUGCCUUUGGAGACGGCUUAUUGUAUAAAAAUGAACAUUGAAUUCCCAGGCAACAGCUGUGGUGGACAUUCCUGCAGUCAGCAUGCCAACUACACGCUCCCUCAAAACUUGUGGCAUUGUGCUGUGUGAUUAAACCUCACAUUUCAGUGUGGCUUUUUAUUGUGGGCAGACUAAGGCACACCUGUGCAAUAAUCAUUCUGUUUAAUCAGCAUCUUGAUAUGCCCCACCUGAGUUGGAAUGGACUAUUUUUGCAAAUAAGUAAUGCUUACGAACAGAUUUAGACAGAUUUGGGAAUGGACUAUUUCUGCAAAUAAGUAAUGCUUACGAACAGAUUUAGACAGAUUUGUGUAUAUCGUAAAAAUUUUAGCUACAGUAUAAAAAAUGGGAAAAAAACAAGUGUCGCAUUUCUGUUCUUUCUAGUGUCUAAAACAUCCACCCAUCCAUUUUCUACCGCUUAUUCCCUUUUGGGGUCGCUGGCGCCUAUCUCAGCUACAAACGGGCGGAAGGCGGUGUACACCCUGGACAAGUCACCACCUCAUCGCAGGGCCAACACAGAUAGACAACAUUCACACACUAAGACCAAUUUAGUGUUGCCAAUCAACCUAUCCCCAGGUGCAUGUCUUUGGAAGAAGUGGGAGGAAGCCGGAGUACCCGGAGGGAACCCACGCGUUCACAGAGAGAACAUGCAAACUCCACACAGAAAGAUCCCGAGCCUGGAAUUGAACCCAGGACUGCAGGACCUUCGUAUUGUGAGGCAGACGCACUAACCCCUCAGCCACCGUGAAGCGUGUCUAAAACAACCUUUUGUUAUUGGGGCGGCAUGGUGUAGUGGGUAGAGCGGCCGUGCCGGUUGCAGGUUUGCUCCCCACCUAUUGACAUCCAAAUCGCUGCCGUUGUGUCCUUGGGCAGGACACUUCACCCUUGCCCCCAUUCACACUGGUGAAUGAAUGUUGAAUGACAGGCGGUGGUCGGAGGGGCCGUAGCCGCAAACUGGCAGCCACGCUUCCGUCAGUCUACCCCAGGGCAGCUGUGGCUACAGAUGUAGCUUACCACCACCAGGUGUGAAUGAAUGAGGGGUUCCCACUUCUCUGUGAGCGCUUUGAGUAUCUAGUAAUAGAAAAGCGCGAUAUAAAUCUAAUCCAUUAUUAUUAUCAUUAUUGUCAAUGAUAAGUGGAACAUUUUAGAAUAGGUGGAUUAAUUAAUUAGAUUCUAUAAAAUGUACAAAAAAUAAAUCUGAACAGGUUGACCUUUUCAAAUGAUUACUUUUACUGUACUAAAUGUUCAGAAUUUUGUCAUUUUGUUGCCUCAACUGGCAAAAUGGUCUUUGCUACAUGUCCAUUUUGUCUUCACAUGUGUUAAUUCUGUUCUUUUGCAACAGAAAAUGAAACUAUCUUGAUGGUUACUCAACGAAAAGUUUGUGGAAACAUGUCUGACCAUCUGCAAGAGCAUGUAUGUCCUUUUGCAGCAGGCUAAUCUGUGACGGAGACGAUUGUAUCGCCAAAUGUCCUCAACAUGGCAAAUAUAUGUAAUACAGUUUUACUGCUGGGGUGACUUUUGAUGUGUGUGUGCGUUUCGUAUGCAAUUGGAGACCAGCACCGCCUGCACAACAUGAAGACCUGAGAGCGAGAGCGACGCACUACAGUUCCUGCAGAUGUACUCAGGACAUAAAGGUAGCCAAAACAUGGACUGGAGUGUAGCGACCAUCAAAAUAAGUUGUUUCUUGAGAUGAGGUAUUGACAAUAUACUUGUGCAAGCAAAACAGUUCCGGAUGUUUAUGUGGAAAUUAAAGCACAUUUCUGUAGUGUCUUUAUCCAGUUGUCACAUUAAGCUCUGAAAUUUUAGUGGGAUUAACUGGACAAAAAACAGAAUUACAAGUACAUGAGGAAUGUUGUAUUGUUUAAGACAGGCUGUGAUGUACACAGUUUUUAAAAACAUUCUACAUUGUGGCGUUAUUUAAAAACACGGGCAACAAACAAAUAAAACAAGACAGUAACACGUCCAAUUAGUGGUGAGGUUGAAUUUACAGACAGGACACUUAUUUUUAAAAACAACAUCGACCUGAAAGUAAACUUUGAUAACAAAGUUUUCACCAUCAAACUUUGGUAUAGGUCAAACUGCAAUGUUGUAACAUUAAGUCAAAAUCAAAAUCACAUUUUGUAAUCGGUAUUGGCCCCUAAAAUACGGCGUGCAACGAACGUAACAUCCUAACGUUUUAAGCAGCGCCUCUUGCAUAUACCCUUCGGCUUUCAAUAAAAUGAUGAGAAGGGAA